AUGUAUAAUGAUUCUGUUGUGUUUAGUUCUACUACUGUAGAAGAACAAGAGAAGUUGUUAAAAGAGAUUGAAGCUAUUAAAGUAAAGUAUAAUAUCAUUUCAUAUCCAACUCCACAAGAAAUUGUUAAAUUGGAAAUUAAUCAAUUAGAUAAAAGUAUUAAGGGGGAUGAAUUCCUUAAAAGAAGUCAAAAUAUUCAAUUCAUAUUGUCAGAAUUAAUGAAUAAUGAUAAAUAUGCUUCAUUUAGACAUAAAGUAUUAAAUGCUAAGGGUAAGAAUAAUGGUAAUAAUAAAGAUGAAAAACAUAUUGUAAAGAAUAUAUUAAGAAAAUAUGUAGUGGGGGUCAUCGUUUUAAUUAGUAAUUCUUAG